AGCAGCGAUGGAGAAAGCGAGAGACGGCGAGGCGGUGCUCCAGAAGAAGCUCGAGUACUUGUCGCUCGUGUCCAAGGUAUGCGCCGAGCUGGAGACGCACGUAGGGUGCAGCGACAAGACGCUGGCCGAGUUUAUCAUCGAGCUGGGCCGGGGCAGCGAGAGCGUGGAGGAAUUCGGCGGUAAGCUCAAGGAGAAUGGGGCGGAGAUGCCGGAUUACUUCGUCAAGACGCUGCUGACGAUCAUUCACGCCAUUCUGCCGCCCGUGAGGAAGGAGAAGGAGAAGGACAAGGAGAGGGACAAGGAGAGGAAGGAGAAGGAGAGAGACCGGGAGAAGGAGAAAGAUAGAGAGAAGGAGAAGGAGCGAGAGAAAGAGAACAGGGAGAGGGAAAGGGAUAGAGAGCGGGACCGAGAUAGGGAGAAAGAUAGAGAUAGAGAAAGGCACAGGGACAGGGAUAGCAGGGAUAGCAGGACCAGUAGGAGAAGGAGAGACGAGGAAAAUGGAAGAGACCAGCGUCGGGAGCCCGAGUCCCGGCCGGAGGAGCCAGAGCUCUACAAGAUCUACAAGGGCAGGGUGGCGAGGAUAAUGGACUUUGGCUGCUUUGUCCAGCUGAAUGGGUUCUGGGGGCGCAAGGAGGGACUAGUUCAUAUCUCUCAGAUGGCUUCUCGAAAGGUUGGGCAUGCCAAGGAUGCUGUGGAGAGGGACCAGGAGGUUUGGGUGAAGGUGGUGUCUUUGACGGGGCAGAAGAUGAGUCUUUCUAUGAGAGACGUGGACCAGAAAACCGGGGACGAUUUGGUUCCUAUUCACAAGCCAUCAGGAAAUGAAGAGGAUGCGUUUAGAACCAAUCCAUCCAUUGCCAACAAGCCGUCGACGACAAGGAAGGGUCUUUCUGGGAUUCCGUUGAUCGACGACGACCCAGACGUAUCGCACUCCAGAAGGCCUUCGAAGAAGAUGAGCUCUCCAGAGAGGUGGGAGAUAAAGCAGCUGGCUGCUUCAGGGGUGGUCGGCAUCCGAGAGAAUCCCCUGUAUGACGAUGACGGUGGUGGUAUGCUGUAUCACGACGAGGGUGCUGAAGAAGAGCUUGAAAUCGAGCUUAACGAGGACGAGCCUGCGUUUUUGAGGGGACAAACAAGAUACUCGGUGGAUCUCUCGCCUGUGAAGAUCGUCAAGAACCCCGACGGUUCGUUGCAGAGAGCAGCAACAACUCAGUCGGCUCUGGCUAAGGAGAGAAGGGAGCUUCGCGAACAGCAGCAGCGGACAAUGCUGGAUUCUAUUCCCAAGGACUUGAAUCGUCCAUGGGAGGAUCCCAUGCCAGAGACAGGAGAGCGGCACCUAGCGCAGGAGCUCCGGGGUGUAGGACUGUCUGCAUACGACAUGCCCGAGUGGAAGAAGGAUGCGUUUGGGAAGGCUCCAACUUUUGGACAACGGUCGAAGCUUUCGAUUCAAGAGCAGAGGCAGAGCUUGCCGAUUUAUAAGCUGAAGAUGGAGCUUGUGAAGGCUGUGAACGAGAACCAGGUCCUGGUCGUGAUUGGUGAGACCGGCUCGGGAAAGACGACUCAGAUGACACAGUACCUGGCUGAGGCGGGAUACACUUCGAGGGGGAAAAUCGGCUGCACGCAGCCUCGUAGAGUGGCUGCCAUGUCGGUGGCGAAGAGGGUGGCGGAAGAGUUCGGUUGCCGUUUGGGUGAGGAGGUUGGAUAUGCUAUCCGUUUCGAGGACUGCACAGGGCCCGAGACCGUCAUAAAGUACAUGACAGAUGGUAUGCUUCUCCGAGAGAUACUUGUGGACGAAAACCUCUCGGCAUACUCGGUGAUCAUGCUGGAUGAAGCUCACGAGAGAACCAUCCAUACGGACGUUCUUUUCGGGUUGCUCAAGAGCCUGGUCAAGCGGCGGCCUGAUUUGCGGCUGAUCGUUACGUCGGCAACUCUGGACGCGGAGAAGUUCUCGGGUUACUUUUACGACUGUAACAUCUUCACCAUACCGGGACGGUCAUAUCCAGUCGAGAUUCUCUACACCAAACAGCCAGAGACCGACUACCUAGACGCGGCAUUGAUCACGGUGAUGCAAAUUCAUCUUACGGAGCCGGAGGGGGACGUCUUGCUCUUUUUGACGGGUCAAGAGGAGAUCGACACCGCUUGCCAGAUUUUGUAUGAACGGAUGAAGGGUCUGGGACCGAACGUGCCAGAGUUGAUCAUCUUGCCGGUCUACAGCGCUCUUCCCAGCGAGAUGCAAACUCGAAUCUUCGAUCCAGCUCCUGCAGGGACAAGGAAAGUCGUCGUUGCUACUAAUAUUGCGGAGGCGUCCCUGACAAUUGAUGGCAUUUACUAUGUCGUUGAUCCGGGAUUCGCAAAGCAGAAGGUGUACAACCCGAAGCUGGGACUCGACUCACUCGUGAUCACUCCUAUAUCUCAAGCGUCAGCGAAGCAGCGAGCUGGUCGUGCCGGAAGAACAGGUCCCGGGAAGUGUUAUCGACUUUACACUGAGAGCUCGUUCUGGAACGAGAUGCUUCCGACGACUGUGCCGGAGAUACAGAGAAUCAAUCUCGGGAUGACGGUUCUGAUGAUGAAGGCCAUGGGGAUCAACGAUUUACUCUCGUUCGACUUCAUGGAUCCUCCACAGUCCCAGGCGCUUAUUUCUGCUAUGGAGCAACUCUACAGCUUGCAAGCGUUGGAUGAAGAAGGUUUGCUGACCAAGCUGGGGCGAAAGAUGGCGGAGUUUCCUUUGGAGCCACCUCUGUCGAAGAUGCUUCUGGCGAGCGUGGACCUUGGUUGCAGCGACGAGAUCCUCACAAUCAUCUCGAUGCUCCAGGCGCAAAACAUUUUCUAUCGUCCUCGUGAGAAGCAGGCCCAGGCAGAUCAGAAGAGAGCCAAGUUCUUCCAGCCGGAGGGUGAUCACCUGACGUUGCUUGCUGUUUACGAGGCGUGGAGAGCUAAAAAUUUCUCCGGACCAUGGUGCUUCGAGAAUUUUGUACAGUCUCGAUCACUGAGGAGAGCACAAGACGUGAGGAAGCAGCUGCUCACGAUCAUGGACAAAUAUAAGCUGGAUGUGGUUAGUGCUGGGAAGAACUUCACAAGGAUCAGGAAAGCAAUAUGUGCUGGAUUCUUCUUCCAUGCCGGGCGCAAGGAUCCUCAGGAAGGAUACAGGACGAUAGUGGAGAACCAGCCCGUCUACAUUCAUCCAAGCAGUGCACUGUUCCAGCGUCAGCCCGACUGGGUGAUCUACCACGAGCUAGUUAUGACGACGAAGGAGUACAUGCGAGAAGUUACACUCAUCGAUCCAAAGUGGCUGGUCGAGCUCGCUCCCAGGUUCUUCAAGGAAGCCGAUCCAACGAAGCUGAGCAAGAGAAAGCGGCAGGAACGUAUAGAGCCGCUGUACGAUCGGUACCACGAGCCGAACUCGUGGCGUCUGAGCAAACGACGAGGAUAAGUGGCUGGCUAAAUUUCACCAUGGCACGAUUGUCAAAAAGCCUCUACAGGUUUUUUCCAUGGUUUUCAAUUCUCUUUCACUCUCGUUUUCGAAACUCUUCGUUUUCUACUCGUUACAGAAAGCAGUCUUUCC